UGAAAAUAAUUAGUCAUCCUCGAUUAUCUUCUUGCUAUUAUGAAAAAUACGCUGGAUCCAUUCAAUACAAUUGUUUCGUUUUUAGCCUAAUUGUUUAAAAAAUAGGUGUUAAAAAUGGCCAUCCAAGCAAAUUACACUCACGAGUGAGAAGAGUGUAACAGCUGAUAUUCCUGAAUGUCCAAUAUAGAGAGGACAUUUAAACAGCAUCUCCCAUCUUCAAGAUAAUAAGGCACCUGGAAAUGAUUAUGUGAUAGCAGGGUUUUUUAAACAAUUCUGAGAUAUUUUGAAACCAUAUUUGAAACUUAUUAUGUCCUUUUGGACAGAUCCUAUGUUCCAGAGCAUUGUACAGUGCUUGGUAUUAUUGUUCCUCUUGACAAACAGGGCGCAACCAGUCAUUUGAAUAAUUAUAGAGGCAUAGGUCUCCUCGGUACAUUAAGUAAAUUAUUUACUUCAGUUAUCACUAAGAGACUUGUUUUCUGAGCGGAUUCUUAUGAUAAAAUAAGUGAGUCACAAGCAGGAUUUAGAAAGGGAUACUCCACCACUGACAAUGCUUUUAUCCUAUAUUUUAUAAUACAGAGAUAUCUAUCAGGCAAAGGAGGGAAGUAAUAUGCUGCAUUCGUAGAUUUUGCAAAAGCUUUGACUCAGUGAAAAGGGUUAACUUGUGAUCCCUCUUUCAAAGACAUUGGCUAAGUAGUAAAAUUGGAAAGUUAUUGUGCUCUCUGUAUAAACAUGUGAAGGUGUGUGUCCGGAACAAUGGCGCUAUAUCGGAUAAUUUUGUAAGUAGCGUGGGUGUCCGACCAGGGUGUGUUUCUAUUUUCCUUUUUCAUAAAUGAAUUCGCAUAUCAAAUCCAAAAUAAUUGCACUUAUGGAAUACAACUACAUCCCGAAACUAUUAAAUUGUUUCUGCUUCUUUUCGCUGACUAUAUAGUCAUGUUCUCGAGCACAAUACAUGGCUUGCAAAAGAAAAUACAUGUAUUAGAGAUUUUCCAUUGGUACCAUGAAUAGUGAGUGAGUGAGUGAGUGAGUGAGUGAGUGAAAUCACGGAUUAUGUGGGAGUAUUUCAGUUAUAUCACGGCGUGUUACCUUGGAAGUAAUAUGUGUUACAACAAGUCUAACAAGCAUAGUCAGAUUAAAUCUAAGAUUCGAACGCACAAUCAUGUGGUUUCUGGCUCGCCAAAGGGACGCAACUCAGCACAAUGAAUUAGGAACCGUGGGCAACAGUACUGUGCCACCAGCGCUAAGGCAUAGUUGAGGGCUGUGGAUCUAACAUAGAUGCUUUAGUUUGUUCUAGUUUAUAUCUAGACGUCCGUUAUGGUCUAUUUCUAGAGGUCUGUUCUCGUUUAUAUCUAGACGUCUGUUCUAGUUUAUUUCUAGAGGUCUGUUCUAGUUUAUUUCUAGAGGUCUGUCCUAGUUUAUAGCUGGUGGUCUGUUCUAGUUCAUAUCUAAACGUAUGUUCUAGGAAGGAGUGUGCAUUAACGAAAUGGUCUAACAAUUAAUGGGAAACAGCUUGGCAGCUAGAGUGUUAAAGUGCUCCAGCUGAAUAUCUCGUUCAACAGAGAAAAUCUAAAGCAGUAUGUUGGCAUAUUUCUGUCUACAAAGCAUUAAUGGCUAUCUAUUACAUGCCGUAUUGAUCUUGAUGUAGACAACCUUGAAGCCAUUGUAGAUACGCUUUGAAAUACCUCUUACAAUAGACUUCCAACAGAAAUGACAACUUGUGACUCUAUUUAAUUUUCCGACAAAUCAUAUCUGUUCUUGUUUACAUCGUGAGUUAUAAAAUGUAUGGUCAUUUUGAAAAAUAGAAAUUGAAAUCGAUUAUCAAUUGUGGUUGAUGACUUGAAUAUCAAGAUAAAGACAGGGCAAUGCUUCAGUUUCAUCCAGGUGUAUGGGUUUGCCGUUAAUUUUUGUGGGCUAAAAUGCAGCUGUAUUCUUCUUCAGUGCAAAUGAUGCCAUACAGAAACAUUAAACAGUAAUGAGUACUCUUGUCUCGUUAAACAAAUCAAACCAAAAAGAAAUCGUGUUUGUUACACAGAGAAGAGGUGCAGGAAAUAUAAACGACUGAAGAAGGUGAAACUGUUGAUGAGAAACUGCAAAGACAUAUACCCCGACAUUGAAAAGCUGUACGUGGUCGCCGGAUUUCCCUGCAAGGACAAAUUACCACAACUCAAGUCUCAAUGCAGACGGACAUGGUGCCGAACAAGGAAAACUAUUUGGAGGAAAGUGAACAUGGAGGAGGAACUGUUCCAGCGUUAAGGAUCACAGUUGUGUUGGUUUGCGUGGUUGGCGUAGUUUCCUGUGCGGUUGCCAUUGUCAUGUUCAAACGUAGAACAUGUCGAAAGGACAUGCUUCUCCCUAGUAAUGUUAGUAAAACAUCAUCACGAAGACAUGUCCCGCAGAUUCCAACCACCUUAAGUACCUCCAAAUACCAACUCUCAAUCGAAACACCAACUCGAACUGCUAUCGCUAAUGAGUAUAUCACUAUGCAUGCACAUGCAGGACAAAAUUCAGUGUUAUCAAAGACAUUCACCGCCGAGAGGGUAUCAGGAAUCUCAGGUUGCAGCGAGCUUUCAGGCUAUGGGAAUAUGAUCAACACUGAAGACAUAGAUGCCUGGGAUUCACAUAGUGAUGGGAUGGAGUUUGUGCCAAUCACAUUCAUUGCAUCAUCUACCGCAGAGUCAGAAGGAUCAAUCCUGGCCAGGUCACUCCACAAUGAUGAAAACCUCCCUGAUAUAAUGGAGGUUCCACCAGUAUAUUCAUCAGCUAUCUAUGACGUUAACCUUACUGACAGUCCAGAUUAUCAGACGAGGGAUAAGGUACAGGACCGUGAUGAAAAUGUUAAGUCUGCAACAAUGUUCAUCAACGUUGACGACCCACCCUGCAGAGAAACAUCAUUCCUGCCAUUGGUAUCCCAAAUGUUGGAUAUUCUGAAACCAGUAAAAAGUGGAUGUACUUCGGAAACUACAAAUGGUAAGAUAAACGAUGAUGUUGGCAUUUCGGGGGUCCAUCUGGAUGAAGCAGGCACAGGGUCGUUUGAUGAUAUGAGCAAUAGUUCAGUGAGUGAAAGAACAUGUACGUCACAAGAUGCAUAUUCAGACGACCAGUCAAGCACCUCUCCAAGAAGCAGCACAUCUGGUGAUGUAACGCCUGUUGAAUACCUUCUGAUACACAACAAGCACCAAGUCAAAGACACCAACCUGAGAGCAAACACUGAGAUUGAGACACAGACUGAUGAGAACAUUGCACAGUUUCUGUCAUUCAAGAGGGCUGCCAGGGGAGACUCUGACAGGCCAACCCAGAAGUCACACGAAACAGAUGUCUUAUUGUCCAAACGAAGACAAUCAACAGAGUUUCUUUACAAAGAAGAACAUCAAGCAAACCCUGGCAACUUCCAAGAGUCACUUUCUAAGUCAGCUUCUACCCAGACUCGAAACAAUUGUGACAACUCUUUAUCAAUGUUUGGUCACAAGUGGGAUGUUGUCAAGUACAUUUCUCCUGAUGGUGACGUUGUAACUAUACCCACCACAAAUAUGUCUUUGACCGUCUUUGAAAAUUGUGUUCCUGGAGGAGAGACCGUCAGGGUCAGCGGACGAUUUUCUGGGGACUCCAAUGAUAUCCUGCCCUACCUGGAGAGUGGAUGGGUUGUCACCUCACCGCUCGCCGAGUUUGACAUGACAUACAAGAGAUGGGGCAAGCAUGUGAAGGUAUUUCUACCCUUCUAUCAACGAGAUCCAGCGGAAAUCUUCAGAGUAUGUUAUUAUCACAGGAUUGGAAAUGGAGAAAUAGAGCAUGGUGUUGUGCCACUGUUUGACAGCAGUCAGAAGCAAGACCUGUACUACAUUAAGAUGUCAGACCAUGUGGAAAUCUUCACUAUGAGUUUCACCUUGUACCACUGUGCCUGUGAUCACAUAUUUCCACUCUACCUGACGGUACUGGCAUUUUCAUCUUACAACAAGGACGAGAACGAGGCGGUUGUUCGACUGCAUGUGGGAGACAGACUUCUGAGUGAUCAGCUUGUGAAAUCUGAGCUAAAGGAAAAGGAACAAACAGAGAAUGGUACAACUUUGAGGAAGUCAACUGAUGUACGCGUACUACAAAUACACACUGACAGCAGCAGCAGACUGGUGUUCAAAUUGACGUUCCCGUCCAACAAUUUCCAGUGUCGAGGGGGGACUUCUGUACCACCAGAUGGCACCACCCAGGCCUCCACCUGGGAGAACAUGUACCCGGAGGAAUGCCCCCAGAUGCAGGAGCGUCGAUUCUGCGAGAUGAUGCCAUGCCUCUGUACAUGCCCAAAGGAUGAGCAUGGAGUGGUCAGCCAUCGGGCAGUCUGUUCAUCAGGACACAGCUGUAAGACGGAGAUCCAGUGGGCCUAUGCUUCUAACCAACUCUCACCCCCCGACGUGUUCCCCUGCAACAUCACCAUCACCCACGAACUACCCCCGGGCACGGAAGAGGACCGUCAGGGGAACUGUAAAGAGGGGAUCACGUUUUUCAUGUUAAAAACACCUCAUUCCUUUGUACAUCCUGACAGAGGGGAGAUGCUAGCUCUGGGGGAACUACCAUCUGACAAGAAAUUCCACACUUCCUUCUCGUCCAGAUACAAUGCUCCACCAUAACAAUGCUCCACCAUAACGUGCCAUUGUAAUAUUCAAACACCAGUGACAUCGUUUGUUUGCUUGUACUCUUGCUUGUGCUGGAACACCUGUUGGUGUCAUCACUCAUUGGACCUUGACGCCAAGUGAAAUCUGUUUCGGUGGAUAAUCUUGACUUGUUAUUCUCCUGCAUUGACAAUCUAUAUUUUCCUAUUCAUGAGAUAUACUACGUGUACCAAUCACUUUGGUUGUGUAUGCACAAACAUCUUUGCCACUGCUUCUAUAUGAUACCAAUACACAUUCAACAUGCUCAGUAUAUAACUUCAGCUGUUUUCAUACAUGAUGUGAUUUUUAAUAAAUACCAGAAAUGCUUUUCA